AUGAUUGUAGAGGACGGUGCUCGCGCUGGCUGGAUGAAGGCUCUGCUGCUGCUUUGUUUAUGGGAUUUGUGUUAUGCUCAGAUUUCCUACUCAGUUUCAGAGGAGGCCAAGAAAGGAACCGUUGUUGGAAAUCUAGCGAAGGAUCUUAAUCUCAGUGUGCAGGAACUGGAAUUGCGAAUGUUUCAGUUUGUGACUGCAUUAAACAGCAAGUAUUUCGAGGUAAAUCGGAAAAGCGGGAUUUUAUUAGUUAAUGACAGAAUAGACCGAGAGGAGCUGUGUGAAAGCAAACAGAAAUGCGUAUUGAAUGUUGAAGCGAUGAUCCACAAUCCUCACAAGCUCUACCGCAUUGAAAUGAAUGUAAUAGAUAUUAAUGAUAACUCUCCAGUUUUUCCAGAGCCAACCUAUGUUAUGGAUAUUAUUGAAAAUAUGCUUCCGGGGGAUCGAUUUCCGUUAAUAACGGCAAGUGACACAGACAUCGGUAGUAAUUCAGUAAAAACGUAUAAAAUAAAUUCUAAUGAACAUUUUUCACUGGAGAUGCAGAGUGAUUCAGUUGAGCUCGUGCUUCAGAAAACUUUGGACAGAGAGAAAGAAUCGGUGAUCAAGCUCGUGCUGACUGCUGUAGAUGGCGGGACUCCUCCCAGAUCCGGAACAAUGCAGAUAAUUAUUAAUGUACUCGAUAUAAAUGACAACAGUCCUGUUUUUAUGAAGUCUCUUUACAAAGUCAAGGUCCACGAGAAUACAUCUGUGGGAACUAAAAUCCUUACAGUUUCAGCUGCAGAUGAAGACGACGGAAGUAACGGUGAAGUGUCUUACUCUAUCCUUAGUGAUGCCCGAAGCUCUGCAACCGAAUUAUUCACUAUUAGUCCUAUUUCUGGUGACAUCACUGUUAAAGGAAAUAUUGAUUAUGAGGAAUAUCCCUCAAUAGAACUCAAAAUUCAGGCUAAGGACAAUGCACAUCUUCCAAGAAUGUCUAGAUGUAAAGUGUUGAUUGAAGUAGUGGAUGUUAAUGACAACGCACCAGAGAUCUCGGUUACUCUGCUCAUGAACUCCAUCAGAGAGGACAUCAAAACUGGCACAGAUGUUGCGUUAAUCACUGUAUCAGAUAAAGACAGUGGAAUUAAUGGUAAAAUAGAUUGCAAAAUCUUAGCACCAACUCCUUUUAAAUUACAGCUAUCAUAUAAAAACACGCACGCCCUUGUAGUGAAUGAAGGUCUGGACAGAGAGCAGGUCUCACAAUAUGAUGUCACAAUUGUAGCUAAUGAUGAGGGAACUCCUUCACUUUCGAGCAGUACCGUUAUAAAACUUCAUGUCUCUGAUGUGAAUGAUAACGAACCUUUUUUUCCUGCACCUGUGAUAAAUAUUAGCAUGAAAGAGAAUAGUGCAGUUGGUGGCCUGUUGGCAUCAGUAACAGCACAAGAUGUAGACAUCGGUGAAAAUGCCCUUGUUUCAUAUACAGUAAUUGAUGCAGAGAGAAGCAGAGUGUCCAAUCUGAUAAACAUUAACUCACACACCGGUGAACUGUACAGUCUGAAUACUUUCGACUACGAAGAAACGAAACGACUUCAGUUUAAAGUUCAGGCCACUGACUCUGGUGUCCCUCCACUAAUGAGUAAUGUGACUGUAAAUGUUUUUAUCCUGGAUGAGAAUGACAACAGUCCAGUUUUUCUCCCUCCUUACUCUGACCCUGGAUCAGUAAACAGUGAGAACAUUCCCUACUCUGCUGAAGUGGGCUAUUUUGUAGCUAAAGUCAGAGCUGUGGACUCCGAUUCAGGAUAUAAUGCACUAUUAUCUUAUCACAUAAUAGAACCAAAGGGAACAAAUCUUUUCAGAAUCGGAACCAGCACAGGAGAAAUAAGGACAAAGAGACGAAUGAGUGACAAUGAUUUAAAAACUCACCCACUUAUCAUCACUGUCUCAGAUCAUGGAGAACCUUCACUGUCCACAACUUUGAGCAUUGAAGUUGUGGUUGCGGAAAAUAUGGACAGCCUGCAGCCUUCACUAAGACAAGUGCCAGUAAAGGAGGAGAAAUUCUCUAAUCUGAAUCUGUAUCUGCUCAUCGCUAUUGUCUCAGUGUCAGUGAUAUUUUUACUGAGCCUCAUCGCUUUAAUAGCAGCUAAAUGCUAUGGAACUGACGGCACUUUCAGCAGCUCCAGUGCUCCAGUAGUCACUACACACCCUGACGGGAGCUGGUCUUACUCUAAAUCCACUCAACAGUAUGAUGUGUGUUUUAGCUCAGACACUCUGAAGAGUGACGUAGUGGUUUUUCCCUCACCAUUUCCACCUGCAGACGCAGAGCUGAUCAGCAUUAAUGGAGAAGACAUUUUUACUCGGACUCAAACUCUUCCCAGCUCUGGGGUGGUAAGGAUGUACUUUUAG